AUGUGGUCCCAGUCCGACGACACUCGCUAUGCGCGGAAGCCAGGGGAUCAGGUCCUCGACCAGCUCAUCAUGGUGUCGCUACGAACCAUCAUCGUUGCCUGGAAGCUGCUGUGGCAGCCGUAUGCCUUCCUCGACGCCGUUCACGAGAACGAGGCUAAUUCCGGGGCUCGAGCUGAGGUCGCGUUUGCUAACAUCGCCUUCACGCUAUCGCAGAUUAGCAGGGUGGUAGCUUCCAACUGCGUAGUCGCGGGCAUCGAUCUAGCUACGCUGCUAGCGCGAUGGUUCACGAUCCGGUGCGGUGGAUACUUCGCCAUCGUCUUAUGCUUCGUCAUGUCACCCGUGGUCUCUGCUCAACAGCGCUGGCAAUUUUGUGACUGUGGUCGGCAGCCUCAACGUCUUCCUCGGUCCGCUCAUGGGAAUCAAGUUUGUGCCGACUACGUACUCACCCGCAAGCGGGCCAUCAAGCUCACCGACGUGUACGGCAACUCACCCGCGAGCAUCUACUGGUAUACCAGAGGUUGGAACUGGCGGGUGGCCGUUUCUUGGUUACUUGGCGCCUGUAUGUUCCCGGGUUAG